GUUUGGGGAUCCUCCAUUUCCUUUCAAGACUUUCCCGACGCCUUGUUGCCCAAGUUUACGUCUUCAUCUUGCUCCGUUACUAUAUAUAUUCCAACCAACAGUUCCCUCCCACCCUCCAUAAACCCUAAUCCCCCUUUUUUUUUUUGGUAACUAACCCUAAUCCCCCUUUCCCUCGGCUCCGGAAGCAAAACGGUCUCCUCUCUUUUCGUCGUGAUGGUGAGUUCUGUUUGCGAGAGAUUGCUGAGCAAUGUCUCACUGUCGCCUCUCAGAUCCGCUGUCAGAUGUUCAGGCCGAGCCAGCAAUCCAUCUAUGACAAUUGUCGCCUCUCGCCGACGGGAGCUCUACUCCGCUUAUAAAUCCUUGCAGCUUUCCGUGAAUGGGAAGACGUCUUUGGAUUUCUCAGCGAGGGCUUUCAGCUCCUGGAAGGAUGAUCUUGAUAUUGACUUGGAUACCACCAUCUAUGUGGAAGAAAAGAUUGGGAAUGCCCAAGGAACUCUUUCAGUGGUUGCUAUUAACCACGAGGGUGAACUCCUUGUGGGAACCUCAACCAAACAAUUUGAAGGCUCUCAGAUACAGACGGAAAUGGAAAUAGUACCGUGCAAGAUUGUUAAAGCUCCAAAUGGCGAUGCUUGGGUCGAAGCAAACGGGCAAAAAUACUCUCCUUUCCAGAUUGGAGCUUUUUUGCUCGCGCAAAUGGAUGAAUAUGCCCAAGAAUACUGUAAAAGAACUAUCUGGAAUUUUACUGUUAUGGUUCCAGCUUGUUUCAGGGAUGCACAAGUCGAAGUAACCUUCGACUAUGAUUACCAUAACGGAGAUAUUAUCUUGGCCAAAGACGAAGCCAGCGAGAAAGAAAUGGAGUUGGGCUUUCUGAUUGACAAUAGAUCUCACUUUAGUGUCGACAAUUUUGAGAAGUGGUUGAACAAGUACAGAGAGAAGAUCCCUGCCGAGAUUGCGAAAGAGAUUGAAAAAGCUAUGGCUCUAUACAGGAGAUCCCAGCGAGAAUAUUGCGAACAUAGUCUCUUCAAGUGCUGGGAUAAGUUAGAAGGUGCAAGGGACGCUCUUUCGAAAAUAGGUCAACACAUGCCUAAAGGAUCUUCCUCCGGAGAGAGUGACUUGGAUACCACCAAUUCCAUGGAAGGAAAGAUUGAGAAUGCCCAAGAAACUCUUUCAAUGGUUGGCAUUAACCACAAGGGUGAACUCCUUGUGGGAACCUCAACGAAACGGUUUGAAGGCUCUCAGACACAGAUGGAAGUGGCACCGUGCAAGAUUGUUGAAGCUCCAAAUGACGAUGCUUGGGUCGAAGCAAACGGGCAAAAGUACUCUCGUGGCCAGAUUGGGGCAUUUGUUGUCUCGAAAUUGAAGGAAUUUGCCGAAGCACACCUUGGAAUAACUGUCACCAAAGCUUUCUUCAGCAUUCGUGGUUGUUUAAGUGAUGGACCAGUCAAAGUAUCCUUCUCCAUUUCACCCGAUGAUGGCAUAGGCGGGGGCUUUGGAGUGGGAAAGAACGCAGUCGAGAUCGCCGCGGCAGAGUGUAAAAUAUAUAAGAAAAAAAAAAGGACGCUGCUCUAGAGGCUAAGAAUAGACUUUACUUCUGUUCCUCUCUUCUCUUAGCUUUGUAUGGUUUUAAUAGAGAUCGUUUGACUUUGAGCAUCAGGAAAGAGGAGGAAAGACUUCAGCUCUGAAAUAUAAAUUCGAUUUUAUUCAG